AUGUUCAUCGCUCUGCUGACGAUCAUCCUCCUGUCAGUGGCACUGGUUGUGGGGCUUCCCGGCAACAGCUUUGUGGUGUGGAGCAUCCUGGUAAAGAUGCAGAAGCGCUCUGUCACUGCCUUGUUGGUGCUGAACUUGGCCCUGGCCGACUUGGCUGUAUUGCUUACUGCCCCCUUUUUCCUCCACAACGUGGCCCAACGCACCUGGGUGUUCGGACUGACUGGCUGCCGCCUGUUUCACUAUGUCUGCGGAGUCAGCAUGUACGCCAGCGUCCUGCUGAUCACGACCAUGAGUCUGGACCGCUCGCUGGCGGUGGCCCUCCCCUUUGUGUCCCAGAAGGUUCGUACCAAGGCCGUUGCCUGGUGGGUGCUGGCAGGCAUCUGGGUGAUGUCCCUUCUGCUGGCCACGCCCGUCGUCGUGUACCGCACGGUGACCUUGGCACCGAACAACUGGAGCCUGGUGUGCUUCCUGAAGUACCCCAGCGAACGACUCAACGCCUUCCAUCUACUCUUCGAGGCCCUCACCGGCUUCCUGCUGCCCUUCCUGGUGGUGGUAGCCAGCUACUCCGACAUCGGCCGCAGGCUGCAGGCCCGGCGCUUCCGCCGCAGCCGCCGCACGGGCCGCCUGGUGGCGCUCAUCAUCCUGACCUUCGCCGCCUUCUGGCUGCCCUACCACGUGGUGAACUUGGCCGAGGCGGGACGGUUGCUGGCCGGCGGAGAGGCGGGGCCGUUGCAGAACCGGCUGCUCCUGGCGCGCUACGUGUUCAUCGCGCUGGCCUUCCUGAGCAGUAGCGUGAACCCCGUGCUGUACGCGUGCGCCGGCGGUGGCCUGCUGCGCUCGGCCGGCGUGGGCUUCGUCGCCAAGCUGUUGGAGGCCACCGGCUCCGAGGCGUCCAGCACCCGCCGCGGGGGCACCCUGGCCCAGACGGUGAGGGGCGCCCCCGCCACUCCCGAGAAUGGCACCACCGAGAGCCUCACCGUCUCCAACCCUCUCCAGUGAAGCGAACUGAACUAGGUCUGGGUGGUGGUGGUGGUGGUGGUGGUGCUGCCGCUGUUGGUGGAAGGUCGGCUUUCCUCCUGGCGGAAUGCCCCCACGUUGGCCUGGCCCAGUGCUGUACCCCUAGGAGGAGAACGCCAGUGGGGUGGAGCAGAAGAGGAGGGAGGGGCGGGGCAGGUAAGGGCCCAUUGAAAGC